CGCAUCCAGUCGCCUGAACAAGGUCCUCUUUCCCCUCCUUGUUGCUGCGGGCUUGUUCAGUGUCGACAAGCCUAUCAUCGAUACCUCAGUCGAAAACCCAGGGAGUCACGAGCAACAUGCUUCGUGUAGCUGGUCGGAGAUACGACAGACGGGCACCGCGGCGGCUGGCUGCUGGUGCAAUCAGCGCCCCGCUUUCUUCGCAGUUCGUGGGCACGGCAGUUCGCCACGCAGCGACAGCAGCUGCUGCUGCUGUCAGCGUUAACCACACAGCAUCUUUAGACGAUUACAAUCACAAUCAAACCCCGCCUCGUAGCCACGAUGCUGGUGGGCAGUUGCCUUCAUUGUCGAAGCGCGGCUCUGGGACCUCACACCCGUCGCAACCUCUUUUCAUCUCGAAUGCCAAUCGCAAGACAAGAUUGACCCGCCUGCCAACGCCUCUCCCGCCGGAGACGGUGGAUCAACACAUAAAGUCAUCGCCCUUCACACGACGUAAUGCGGCCUCUCGGACAUCAGCACCCGCUUCCCCCUCUACCACAUCGUCGGAUGCGACGCCACAGCUGAAUUCGGACGUCUAUCCUGCGGAGCAACGGCAUGUUCUCCGCUCUCUCUUUGUCCAUCAAGCAUUCUAUCCCACUUCGCAGACGAUUGAGGACCUGGCGGUAUUGCGCACGAGUCUGGAUGCGGGCCUCAUCUGGCGAGCAGGCAAGGUCUUCGAAGGGAUCCGCAACGAGGAACGCUCCAGAUGGGACAGCCUCGAGCGGCUCAUCCCUCAGCACCAUGAAGCAAAUACGGAAAUGAGCACAUGGCGCGCAUCUGCCAACUCCAUUCUACAAGGACAGCGCCUCGACAAGGCCAUGUACGAAGACAUGCUCUCGGCCUACCUUUUCAAGGCAGCAGCAGGAGAGAACACAGAGGCGAAGAAAGAGUUUAUCAGACGGGCCAUUAAGCUCUGGGAGGAUAUGGUUCAGGCACUCUCCAGUAGUACUGGCUUUACUGCUGCUGCCACCACACGCGAGGGCUUUGCUGCUCGCGAGCCUCCCGCAGAUGCAAGAACAGCGGCCAUCAUGCUCAGAGGCGUAGGAAGACUUCUCCGCUCUUGGCAGCCAACUCUUGGGGCCAAGCCACCUUUCAUCUCGAUGAUUCUCCCAGCCCUGCAAGCACACGGCGUCUCUCUCGUUGAUGUACUCAACUCGCCCGUGUGGUCUGAGUUUCCGCCCUCGUGGGAAGCGCAGAUCACGGCUCGAGCGCGCAAAGCCGUAGAAACGGGGGAGGGAACAGCUGCCCAAGACCCUCAAGCCAGUGUCAGCGGGGCGAAAGGUGCGCCAAGUCGCGCAGAGGUACUGUCCAUUCUGAUCGAGGAAGCGAAGGAACAGGACGAUGCGCGCAUCGUCUCGGACUUGGCCGCGUUGGCUAGCAGACUGAGCGCCAACGGAUCAAAGGGAGGGAAGGAGGGCCGAUUAGCAGCAGACAUGAUUUCGACAUCACACUCUCGGUCUGAAUACUCGGACGAGGAUGCGUUGCGCCCAGACGAACGCUGCGACGUUCCGGAUCUGCAGCCCACCUUGACCACGUCCCCUUCCUCGCGCUACAUUCCUUCAGAGGCCGCAGCCGAAGCACCGGUGGAUGAGUCGACGCCUGGCUUGCCGUACAAUCUGCAUGCACUACAGGAGAACCUUUCUGCUGUCGCAGAGGCUCGUAAACGCUUCUCGGAGCCGUAUGCCCGACAGCGGUGGUUCGAAGGCAGUGCGUUCGAAGCCGCACGGAAGCGGCUGCGCUUCAGUGUGGAGCAGAUGGAGAAGAGCGGGCUGAAAAGCGUCGAGAUGAUGGGUGACAAGCAGCUGCAGCGCUGGAUGUGGGACUGGUACAAGGCGUUGGAAGUGCGGCUCAAGGCCGAUUUGGAGGAGAUGCGCAUUCUGCUGGAGGAGGAUGGACAGUACCAGCUGCGUGGGUCGCAUGUGAAAGGGAAGAACAGAUCAACUGCAUCCGCUUCUGCAGAAGAAGGGGGUAUACCUCCCGCUAUAAAGCCGAAGAAAGCGGCCGAGGAUGCGAAGGAUCUCUUCCCGCUCUUGACUUCCAUCCCUGUCUCGCAGCUCGCGCUGAUUCCGGUGCUUGAGAUUAUGCGGCUUCUCGGUACCGGUGGUAUCUCGGAUGGCAUGAAGACCACCCGUGCAACCGUCACGAUCGGCAGAGCGGUGGAGGAAGAGAAGAUUGCGCAAUCCUUCAAACGGAGAGAUGCCGAGCUCAAAGUGUCUGAAGGAGCUCUUGGCGCAAGCAGCCAGGCAUCUGCUGCUGAAGAAGACUCUGCCAUUGACGCGGCGAUGAGCAGCGAGCUCGUGGCAGCCAAGACGCAGCGCAUCAUGAGCGAGGAGGAUUACACAACGCCUGAGGCUCGGCGCAAGAUGCGCAAGCUGAACGAGCAGAGUGGCAUGCGUGGCUUCUGGGACAAGCAGGACAGGUGGACGCAGCCCAUGAGAGCCAGGGUUGGGUCGUACCUCGUCGAUGAGCUCAUGAAGGUCGCGACGGUCAAGCGCAGUGCAAAAGACCGAGAAGGACGUUUGUGGAACGAGGAGCAUCCGGCAUUCUACAAGUCGUACCAAUACUUGGCUGGCAAGCGCCUAGGUGUCGUCAAGGUCAACGACGUCGUCGCGCAGCGAUUAGACAGGGACACUGUCCGCGAAACGCUGCAUCCGAGACGUCUGCCGAUGCUCGUGCCUCCCAGGCCGUGGAUCAGCCAUGAUCAAGGUGGCUACUACACCGAGUCGACCAGUGCGAUGCGGUUCAAGGACAGCGCAGAGCAGAACAGCUACCUCAAGCUUGCUUCCGACAACGGCGAGCUGGACCGUGUUCUUGCAGGUCUGGAUGUGCUUGGCCAAACUGCAUGGCGCAUCAAUCGCAAGGUCUUUGACGUGAUCAGCGAAGUGUGGAACACGGGGGAAGCAGUUGCCAAGAUCCCGCCGCGCCUUGUCGAUGUGCCGGAGCCAGUCAAACCUGAGAAUUACGAUACGGACAUGAAGGCCAAGAAUGCAUACAACAUGGAUGUUCGACGCUGGGCAAUGACGAAGGCGAUCAACCAUGGCAUGCGCUGUGAUAUCAACUACAAGCUCGAGAUCGCGCGUGCAUUCAUCGGCGAGCGGUUCUUCCAGCCGCACAAUAUGGACUUCCGAGGGAGAGCAUACCCCAUUCCUCCCAACUUCAACCACAUGGGUAACGACAUGUGCCGUGGCUUGCUCAAGUUCGACGUUGCUAAGCCACUCGGCGAACGAGGUCUGCGAUGGCUGCAUAUCCACCUAGCCAACCUCUAUGGCUUUGAUAAAGCCAGUUUCUCCGAGCGCGAGCAGUGGGCCAAGCAGCAUCAGGCUGAAGUUAGGGAAAGUGCCGCAAACCCCCUUACAGGCUCCCGUUGGUGGCUGAAUGCGGAUGACCCGUGGCAAUGCUUGGCUACUUGCUUCGAGCUCGUGGAAGCGUGGGACCAUCCGGAGGGUCCCGAGAAGUACGUGUCCAGCCUGCCCGUUCAUCAAGAUGGAACGUGCAACGGAUUGCAGCACUAUGCUGCGCUGGGCGGAGACUUGGCUGGUGCAAAACAGGUCAAUCUUGCGGGUGGAGACCGGCCGAGCGAUGUAUACACCGGUGUUGCCGACUUGGUCAUCGACAGGCUCGAUGAGGCUGCUGCACAGGGCGACGCGAUUGCGCAGACGCUACAAGGCAAGGUGACGCGCAAAGUCGUUAAGCAGACAGUCAUGACCACAGUGUAUGGCGUGACGUUUGUUGGUGCGAAAAAGCAGAUUGCGCGUCAGCUUUCUGAGCGCUCGGACAUUCCCACGGAUGAACUCUGGCAAAUCUCCAGCUACCUUGCCAAGCUCGUUCUCAGUCAGAUCGGCUCGCUCUUUUCGGGUGCCACCCACAUUCAGAAAUGGCUCCAUCAUUCUGCACGCCUCAUCGCCAAGAGCAUCCCGGCGGACCGCGUGCACCAUGCAAUCUCUGGGCAGGCAGUUGUGUCGAAGAAGUCGCGCAACGCUGAUGGCGUGUACAUCAAGUCAAAGGGGAUCGUCAACAAGAUUUCGAAGGAGCAAAUGACCAGUGUGAUCUGGACUACGGCUCUGGGCCUACCUGUGGUCCAGCCGUACCGUAAGUCCAAGAAGCGUCAGAUGUCAACUCGGAUGCAAACUGUCUACAUCAACGAUCCACACAUUAACCACGAAGUCUCGCCCAAGAAACAAGCGUCCGCUUUCCCACCAAAUUUCAUCCACUCGCUCGAUGCCACACAUAUGAUCCUGACGGCGCUUGAAUGCCACAAGGCAAAACUCACAUUUGCCAGUGUGCACGACAGCUACUGGACUCAUGCGUGCGAUAUCGACACGAUGAGCGACUUCAUUCGCGAAACGUUUGUCAUGCUUCACAGCAAUGACAUCUUGACCAAGCUUAGAGAUGAAUUCCUGGAGCGAUUUGGAGACUACAAGGUUCCUGUGUUCGAGUUGAAGGCCCUCGCCGCUGAUGGAGCAAGUCUCGAAUCCAGCAUUGCAUCUGAGCUAUUGGAACCAGUCAACAGCAUCCUGGCGAAGAAUCUGUCCGGAGAAGAGGCCAACCUUCCCAUCAAGUUGAAGUCAAAGCAGAAGCAGACCGCCGCUGAUUCGACCAGUGCAGAUGCAGAAGAACAUGAGGAAUUGGAAGAUGUGAACGAUGCAGACUCAACAGAAAGCCCUGCUACACAGUCGGAGACGGUAUCAAAAGAUGAGCAACUCAUCAACGCUAAGUUUGUCGCUCUCCGUGACGUCUUACCGCCCUUGCCGCCGAAAGGAACAUUUGACGUCAACGAAAUUAGAGAGUCUUUGUACUUCUUCAGCUAGAGUCUUCACUGCGCAUAAACAAACAUCAAAAGCAUUUGUACGAAAGCAUGCUGCAUGUCACCCCUUCUGCAUCACAAUUGGAGAGCACCUUGAUAAUU